GUUCUCCACCCAUUCUGUCUUGGAAGAAGUUACCACCUAAGAGUGCCUGUUUUUGAUGUUCUCGGUAGGGCAUUCUAUGAUGUUACCCAGAAAGAAAUCCAGCAUACUGUAAGAGAAGAGCUAUUUACCCUGACAUUGGCUCUUCCUGUGAUUCUAGUCACAUUUCCUAAUACCCUGCAUCUUAUUCCACAAUGAAAGAUGUACAGAUUUCAUACCAGGAGAAUAAAAGCUACUGUUGGAUAUAUAUGGACUUCAAAUCUUUGCAAGAUCAGAAAAUCUCUGAAAAAUGCUUACCAAAAAUGUAAAAUCCAGAACCCAGAUUCAACCAUCAGAUACCCAACAAUGACUUAUGAUUGUGACCAAGAUGGUAUCAGUUCAGAUGAAGAUAUGAAUCUUACAGUAAUGCUCAAAGAUAUUCAAACUACCCAAAUUGAACUCCUCAGCAAAAUGACUGACAUUGUUAGUCAGUUAUCAAAAGUCCAGGAAAAGAUCAGCCAUUAUCAGAAGCAGAUGGAGGUCCUAGAAACCAGAAUGAAUGUUAAUGAAGAUAAACAAUUCAUAACAACAAAAGAUAUCUUUCCUAUGAAAGAAGAUAUGUAUACCUUAAAGAAGAAGGUGAUAGAACUGGAAAACCAGAAUUCUUGCUCUAGAAUAUAUUGUUUAGAAGUUCUAGAGAAAGAAAUGACUAAAUAAAUCAUAGAACUACUUCACAAAUUCAUACAACCAGAAACUCUGAAGAACACCACAGCCUCUGUAGAUGAAAUCUCUACAGCAGAACCAGAGAAAGUGCCUAGUUAUUCAGAGCCCACUGAUCAUCUUGAAAAAAUAAAAAUCUCACCUAAAAUUAAAACUCUGAGGAAAAGUAAUGGGAAUAAAGCACCUAGAAGCCUUAAAAAAGCAAAGUCAAAUAUUUACAUUUACCCAGACUUUGGUACAUGGUUCAAGCUAACUUUUGUUCAUGGAGGAAAGUGGAGAUUUUUCCUUAGGGCUACUAAGUUAGAGGACUUCAUCAAGUGGCUUCUUUCUACAACAGCCAUCCUGCCUGAGGACCCACAGAUCAUAACCAAGAGAGACUGUCCAUUUCCUGGACUUAUUACAAGCUUGACCACAAUCUGUGUCUCUCUUUUCCACUACAUUUACUGCCUUUUUGGUUCUUCAAAAGAGGAAGUAACUUGACUAUAGAGUGUUUCUUUCUCCUUUUCUUAGUACAAAGUAAAUGCAAUCUGUUUGCUGUAAGCAUUCACAUGCCUUUAUGGAGACUUUGAACUCUUGGUAGCUUGCUAACAAUCAGUCCAUUAUUUGCAGAAUUCAUAUCCAUCUAGAGUAAGUUAAGAUGUAUCAUCCCAUUGGACUACUGUCAUCCACCUUAUGUCAAUGUUCUUGUUUUCUCAAAGGCAAUACAUGAGGACUCAUCUCCUAUCCUUUCUCAUAUAUCACUUAAAGAAAAGAAUGAAGGUGGUCAAAGGAAAUGUGAAACAUGUUUGGGAGUCAUCAUGUCAGUUUUCUAGACACUUUUGUCUUAGUGAUUUAUAUAGAUAAAAUUUACGAUAUGAGAGACACACUCUAUAGACAAAAUUUUAAA